AGUGUAUAGGAGAGAAGGAGUCUUUUCAGCACAGCACACAUUAUUUUCUCCCGACUGAAGGCUUUUCUUUAGUCUCAGAUCCUCAGUACCUGGCAAGGAUAGAGCGUGGCUUUAUUGUUCUGUAUCUUAUAACCAUUUACACACAUACAGGAGCAAGGUACAAGGAAAACUCAGAAGAGGCACCAACCAGCAGGAAGACUGAACAAGAAUAAGCCUGAAACACACUGAAUAAAUGGAUCCCCAGGAAAAUGCUACCCAACCGCCAUUCAACCCCAUCUGUGCCACCAGGCAGGCUCCUUACUCCUAUGAAAUCCUGCAAAGUCUUGAUAUAACUGGUAUAUUGCUCUUUGCUAUUUUGACAUUUAUGACGCUGGUAUCACUGUUGGUGUUCUUGGAAGAAGCUUACUAUAUGUACAGAAAAAUUGCUAGCCCCAAAAAUUCCAUAAUCAUUUGGAUAAAUUCAGGAGCCAUGAUGAUUGCAACAACAUCCUGCUUUGGAAUGUGGAUUCCACGGAGCACCAUGUUUACAGACUUCACAGCCAAUGUGUUCCUUGCGAUGCUAAUACACAAGUUUCAGCUCAUGCUGGUAAAUGAAUGUGGGGGAAGAAGAGAAUUUCUCAGGAAAUUUGGUGAUACGAAGCUCAAGAUUAGCACUGGUCCCUUCUGCUGCUGUUGUCUGUGCCUGCCACAUAAAGACAUCAACAGACGGACUUUAUUCAUCCUGAAGCUGGGUACCUUUCAGUUUGCAUUGCUACGUCCGGUACUUAUGUUUCUGGCUGUGGUUCUCUGGACAAAUGGAACCUUUGUAAUUGGCAAUUCAUCUGCAGACAAAGCUACAAUCUGGAUCAGUGUUGGCGUUGGUGUUAUCACAAUAACAGCCCUAUGGGCAGUGGGAAUUAUGUUUAAUCUAGUAAGAAACACCUUGAGUGAGAAAAGUAUUAUUCCCAAAUUUGCAGUCUAUCAGUUUACAGUCAUUCUGAGCCAGCUGCAAACCUCAAUCAUCAAUAUUCUUGGUACAACUGGUGUUAUCUCUUGCGUUCCUCCUCUCCCUGGCCCCUCAAGGGCCUCCUACAUGAACCAGCAGCUUCUCAUUAUGGAAAUGUUCCUGGUCACAGUCCUCUGCAGAAUUCUUUACCGGAAGAGAUAUGAUGUUAAAAAUCUUUUAGAAAAUGAAGAAACCAAUGAUAAUUUACAAAACAGCAUGCUGCAUCUGAAUGGCAAAGCUUUGGAAGAUGGCCCCCCAAGUGUUUAAAGAGCAAUAAGACACAUAACAUUCUCAGUGGAUUGUUCUGUUUGGUAGUAGUAGUUCAGCACUUCUAUAACAGCAUUGCCAGAUGUGACUGUGUGCCUUUAUAACUGCAUUGCUUGACCAACUGCAAUGUUUACUGCAUCUAUGUCUCUGCAUCUUUGAAAAUGCUUCUCUGCAGAAGUGCAGUGCUUUUGUGGCCUUUAUGACAGUGUUGACUGCCCAACCAGAAUGUAUUUUACAGCUGCUGCACUGAAUAGUUCCUCGCUGUAUGGGAAUUUCAAAUUACUAAGUUUAGGUGUAUUGAUCACCCUCUUACUACACUAAGAGGGUGGGCUGCCUCUCUACACUCUAAAUAUGUAGCUGGGUCACACCCUACCUUUCUAUGCCUGCAUUGCACCUGUGCAUUUUACUUUUUUGAGGGUGGGCUAUAGGAAUACCAUAUAAAAAUAUAUCUUGUACAUAUACAGUUUGGGUAUAUUUAAGUAUUUGGAAGAACCUUGUGAGGCUUUGAAAAAUUCUAAUAUAUUUAUAUUGCUAAUAAAUAUUAUUUUAUGGGAGUGAGUAUGUAUAUGUCAUAAUACUAUUUACCGUCAUGCCUUUCUCUGUUACUCCUGUCUGAUUUGAACCUCUGUUUUCCACCUGAGCACAGGGGCAGUUGAAUUGCAUUGUGUACCAUAAGCCUCAGAGAGAGACAGAAGAGAAUGGCAAAUAAUUAAACACACGGGAAACAACAAUAAAGUUUCUUACAAAGCA